AUGUCGACAGCGCAAGAAGCCCACGAGCUCAAGCAGCAGGGCGCCGAGGAGGCAUCCCGGGACCCCAAUAGCUCUGUCACCGCCGACGAUGCCCAGCGCAAGAUUAUCGAGGAGAGCCGAAAGGUCGGCGUAGCAGCCUUCAACUUCGACCCGGACGCCACUCCCGAGGAGAAGAGGGCACAGGCCAAGGCUGCUAUCCCCGACAACUUUCACAACCCCAAGAGACAGAAGGGCUUCGCCAUUGCUACCGACAUCGAUGACGGGGCCAAAGCUGCGUACGACCUGCCAGCUCCCUCAAAGGCCGGCGUUGUUGACGUUGCCAAAGACGAGGAUGGGAAGCCGCUCAGUAAGGAUGCGGCCGACGGAAAACCAGAGAUGGGCGAGAAGACGGGUUGGGCGCCAAGGUUUGGUUGGCCCAUGGAGUCGAUCCAGGACGCCGAAAGCUUGCUAGAUCAUUCCACCUGGCUUGAGGGCCGCCUGCCGGACAAGUUCUACGGCGACUGGUACCACAACGCCGCCAUCAUCUUCUUCGCAUGCAUCACGUCUUGGCUGGUCGCAGUCUUCGGAGGUGGUAUCGCCUGGGUGUUCAUCAUCAUGGCAAUCUGCUCUACUUACUACCGAACCUCCAUUCGUCGCGUCCGUCGCAAUUUCCGAGACGAUCUGCGCCGGGAGAUGUCCCUGAAGAAACUGGAGAGCGAUAACGAAUCUCUCGAGUGGAUCAAUUCGUUCAUGUUCAAAUUUUGGCCCAUCUUCCAGCCGGUGCUUGCUCAGACCGUCAUCAACUCGGUCGACCAGGUCUUGAGUUCGGCGACCCCUGCAUUCCUGGACAGUCUCAAGUUGAAGACCUUCACCUUGGGCUCCAAGCCCCCGCGAAUGGAGCAUGUCAAGACUUACCCCAAGGCCGAAGACGACGUUGUGAUCAUGGACUGGAAAUUCAGCUUCACCCCUAAUGACACUGCCGAUAUGACCACGCGACAGAUCAAGAACAAGAUCAACCCCAAAGUGGUUCUCGAGAUCCGGGUUGGCAAAGCAAUGAUCAGUAAAGGAUUGGACGUCAUCGUGGAGGACAUGGCUUUUUCCGGCAUUAUGAGACUCAAGAUUAAGCUUCAAAUCCCCUUCCCUCACGUUGAGAAGGUGGAGAUGUGCUUCCUGGAACGACCCACGAUCGACUACGUCUGUAAACCUCUGGGCGGCGACACCUUUGGCUUCGAUAUCAACUUCAUCCCCGGUUUGGAAAGCUUCAUUCUUGAGCAGAUCCACGGAAACCUCGCUCCUAUGAUGUACGCGCCCAACACGUUCCCCAUCGAGGUGGCCAAGAUGCUUGCUGGCACCCCUGUCGACCAGGCGAUUGGCGUCGUCGCCAUUACCCUGCAUGGAGCAAAUAGCCUCAAGAAUCCAGACAACUUCUCCGGGACUACCGAUCCCUACGCUAUCGUCACUCUCAACAAGAGGCAGCCUCUGGCACAGACCAAGACUAUCAAGGACACUCACAACCCGCGCUGGAACGAGACGCACUACAUCAUUGUUACCUCGUUCAGAGACUCGCUUGACACCAUCAUUUAUGACUACAACGACUUCAGAAAGGACAAAGAAUUGGGUGUUGCCUCUUUCCAGCUUGAGAACCUGGAGGAGCUCAACGAGUACGAGAAUGAGACCCUCGAGGUCAUUUCUGACGGCAAGGCUCGUGGAUCUCUCUCCUGUGACAUCCGCUUCUUCCCUGUCUUGCAGCCAGAGAAAGGCCCCGACGGCAAGGAUGAGCCCCUGCCAGAGUCAAACACGGGUAUCUUGCGAUUCAAUGUUGAGCAGGCCAAGGAUCUCGACGGCACGAAGAGUCUCGUCGGUCUUCUCAACCCCUACGCCGUGCUAUUGUUGAACGGCAAGGAGAUUCACCAGACCAAGAAACUGAAGCGGACCAACAACCCUAUCUGGGAGAACGGCUCCAAGGAAAUCCUCAUUACUGAUCGGAAGCAGGCCAAGCUUGGUGUCGUCAUCAAGGAUGAUCGUGAUAUCGCAGGCGAUCAGGUUAUUGGCACAUACCAGAUCAAGGUUGACGACAUGCUAGAGCUCAUGGAGAAGGGCAAAGAUUGGUACAACCUUACCGGCGUCAAGACUGGGCGUGCCAAGAUGCAGGCCCAGUGGAAGCCCGUCGCUAUUCAGGGUGUCAUCGGCGGCACUGGUGGUUACCAGACACCUAUCGGCGUCAUGCGGUUCCACUUCCAGAAGGCCAAGGAUCUACGUAACUUUGAGACCAUGGGCAAGUCGGACCCGUACACCCGAGUCCUUCUCUCGGGCGUGGAGAAGGCCCGUACGGUCACAUUCAGGAACAACCUCAACCCCGAAUGGGAUGAGGUGCUGUAUGUCCCUGUCCACUCUCCACGCGAACGCCUGCAACUCGAGGUUAUGGAUGCCGAGAAGAUGGGUAGGGAUCGCAGCCUCGGCUUGGUGGAGGUCUAUGCUGGUGACUAUAUUGGCCAAGACGAGUCUGGGGAGUAUCUUACCGACGAUAAGAAGCAUCUGCAUGAGGAUGGUCUCCGCAUACACGGCAAGGGCAUGGCCAAGGGCAUUCUGACGUAUACUGUGGCCUUCUACCCAUGCCUCAACAUCGCCGAUCCGGAGGAAGAAGAGGAGGCCGAAGGCAAGGCGUCACUGGAUGCUGCGCGAAACCCUGACGCGGGCAAGAUCUCGUCGCUUGAUAGAAAACCGCGCGAGAGCCUCGAUGUUCAGGGGGCUGACAAAGUUCCACCAACGCCGACGAGCCCUACCAUGCCCAAGUCACCGACCUCAACGGUUGCUCGGAAGUCUCGCGAUGACCCCAAACCGCCAAAGGUGCAUCUCACCCCUCAAGAGCUGCUCAAGUACGAGUCUGGCCUCAUUGUCUUCAAGCUCAUGGAAGCCGAGCUGCCCCGAAGCGACUGCUGUGUCGAGGUAUACGUGGACGACAUGGCAUAUCCUUCGUACAUCUCAACUCGGGCCAGGAGCAGAUCGCACAAGUAUGAUGAGAUCGGAGACUGCUUCAUUCGUGAGCUUGACUUUUCCAAACUCACCCUCAAGAUCCGCGAAAAGGAGGAGAAACGCCACGAGGAUCAGAGAGACUUGGCUCGACUGACCGGUAACACUCUGGAUACCCUCAAGCAAUGCUUGAACAACCCUACCACUCUUAAGAUGAAGGACGAAGAUGGAAGGGUCAGCACGGUCAAGAUCUCGCUCAAGUACAUCCCCGUCAAGAUGCAGCUUGACCCAAGUGAGAGCAUCAACAACAUGGGUAAUCUGCGUGUCGACGUCCUUGACGCCGCUGAUCUGCCAUCUGCCGAUCGCAAUGGCAAGAGUGAUCCUUACUGCAAGUUUGAGCUCAACGGCCACGAAGUCUUCAAGACUAAGGUGCAAAAGAAGACUCUGCAUCCGGCCUGGAACGAGUUCUUCGAGCUCCCUGUGCCAUCUCGGACGGCGGCCAAGUUCAGGGUCCAAGUCCUCGACUGGGACUUUGCUGACAAACCCGACCUGCUGGGCUGUGCCGACAUCAACCUGGAGCAGCUAGAUCCGUUCAAGGCACAAGAGGUCCAUCUCACCCUCGACGGCAAGUCUGGCGUCCUGCGGUUGAGACUAUUAUUCCGACCGGACUAUGUUGUCAGAAGCAGACAGGGUAGUUCCACCUUCUCGGGCACCUUUGCAGCUCCAGGCAGGAUUGUUACGGGCGUCGCCGGCGCUCCUAUCAAGGGCGGUGUCGCAGUCGCGGGCGUCGUGGGUCACGGCGUCGGCAAGGGAGCUUCGUUCCUCAAGCGUGGCUUCAAGGGCAAGAAGGACGACGAGGGCAACGGUCUGGUCGUCCCCAGCGGUUCGAACACCGACCUGCCCACCAUCACUACCACGGAGCCCGCGCCAUCUGGCCUCCGGCGGUCGACCGGCUUGACCGACGGCGAGCCUACGUCCGAAGUCCCCCCCGGCCCUGCCAACGGCGCCACUUCCUCCCCGCACCAGCGGACCAAGAGCAUCGGCGCCGCUUCCAUCCACAGCCUCGCGCCGGGCGCUCCCGGCACCGGCGCCGCCAGCUUCACCGUCAUCUCGGCGUCGGGCUACCCGCCCUCGUCGGACGUCUACGUCGUCGUCAACCAGCUGACGCCCAAGCCCAAGACGAUCGGCAAGACCAAGGACCACAAGGCGCCGUCGGGCACCGUCAAGUUUGACGAGACGUUCCGGGCGGCGGCGUGCGCGCCCGACACGCAGUUCCAGAUUCAGGUCAGGGAGCACCACACGUUCGGCAAGGACGGCGACCUCGGCGAGUCGGUCUUCUUCGUCGACGACAGCGGCUCCGGCGGCGAGAAGGAGAUCAACGUCGGCUCGGGCACCGUCACGCUCAAGAGCAGCUUCGCGCCGGCGGCUGGCGAGGGCGGCAGCGUCAUGGACAGCCCCAAGGCGUCGUCGCUGCGGAGGAGCUUCCUGAGCAAGAGGGAGAGCCGGCUGCCGAGCCGGGAGGGCACGCCUUCUUAG